AUGGGCCAAAGACCCGUCGAUGAUCCUUACCCAUUCGAGAUAAUAAAGAAGAAGGCUCUGGAGUUCCUGGCCAAGGCCCUCCCUUCUCUGAGACGAGACAGCAACCUACCCAAGGUGGCCAGGUUCGUGGAAAGUGUCGCAACCACUCCGCCAGUGCCGGAUUUUGGUGUCCACCCACAGUUCUACGGGCCAUUUCAUCAGCGACGAAGAGGAGCGAGAGCGGCGGACAAAGGCGUGGACGUCGUGAGAUAUCAUACGGCGGAUAACUUGAAUGCAAUGAAUGGCAGUCGGACUAUGACUACUGAAGGAGACAUAGCUUUGAAGUUGAACGCCACUGCCAGGCAGCUGUGCCAGCACGGAUCCGGAACUCUCUGCACCAUCCUGUCCACUCUCACAACCGCUCGUGUCUCCACAGCCGUCCUACAGACCAUCUUCCAACUCCUUGCCUCGCGGUCACCAACCAUAUCCGACAAGGUGCAGAGCGCGCCAGCGAGCAGCGGCAGUACCAGCGGCACCUCCAGUCCAAACAACUUGCUGAGCAUGCUGUCUUACGCUGCAGACAUCGUCAACGCCAUUAAUCCUGACGGAGCUUCCACCACAACGACACCCGCCCCUCCGAUCGUGAACCGAUCCCCCUUAACGCAAGUACUGACAGCACUGACCGGAGCUACGGGAUCGUCCGCAUCCAGCAACAGUCCAUUGGUGACAGUGCUGGACUUAAUGACGAGCGACAGUUCGCCCAUAAAACUCCUGGCUAACGUGUACAGCAACAGAAGGAAGAAUAAACCUUCUGCUUCGGACAGCAUACAAGCCAGUGACGAAAAUGACGUCUCAGAUGGAAUGCCUCCAACGCCGUGUCCCUCCGUUGAAGAGUAUGUCACGCCGACGUUCGCCAGGAACUACCAAGGCGUCUGGAAGUACGUCGUGCAGAUUCCGCAAGAGGGGUACCUCACGCAGACAGUGCAGCAAACGAAAUGCAUGUCAACCCGUUGUGACUUCGUCGACGGUGGCCACUGCCAUGAGUCCCCACGAUGGGUCAGCCUCUUGGUCGCCGAGAUCUUUUACCCAAACGCACUCUUCCCGACCACGCCCCCGUCGCAAGAUCAUCGAAACCCUCAUACGCGGACAAGACUUCCCUUCGCGGACGCUCCGCCGCCGGUAGAAAACUUUCACGACUUCCAGCAAUACCUGAACCGUCGUGUGGGCAGUGACCAAGAGGUGGAAGGCCGCCAGGGUGUACCCCAAGGUGAACGUUCUCGACGGACCCAGGCGGGGACGAAAGAAAAGUGCGACGGAUACGACAAAGUCGGCUGUUACGUCAUACGCAUGUACUACGACUGGUUUCUUGUGAACGGGUCUUGUAAGUGUUGGAAGCCGGACAGUAAGAGAGUGUUCGGAGGACGGCGGUGAGUGGAACUACAGAGGUGUCUAGCGGAGACCACCUGCGUGAACUUAAAAAGACUUGACGCGCACAAGAGGGAAGAAGGGACACUGCCGAAAUUUCGAACACUUUGGCGCUGCAACAAUGUUUCGGUUAAAGUGCCCCUAGGGACUAAAAAAACGCUAUUUCUUUUGCUUCGUGUUCUAAAUGAAAAUCGCUCAAAGACUCCAUAUAAAAUGCCAUCAGCAGAACUCCAUAGUUUCGGAUUCUCCAAGAGAAGUUGACGUCAACACGAGCACUGCCGCCUAGCAACAACGCAUGCGCACUCUCAGUCCCCCCCCCCCCCCACACACACACACCAUGUUGGAAGACUGCCAGCA